AACAGUUUCAGUGUUUUGGUGCAUCCAACUUCCAAGUCCACUGAGUCCCAACCAUGGUGGCUGCCAUGAACUCCCUCUUCCUGUUCCGUGGCCCUCUGACUAUAAGAGCUCUGGCUUUUGUCAAAGCUUCCAAUUCCAUCCCAAUAAGAAGCCUUCCUCUAUUUCAUCGCCCCCCUUUUAGCUUUCGCAGAACCAUGUCCUCUACCGGUGCCACAAAUGAUGAAGAAACUUCUGCUCGAGUAGCUGCAGCAGAUGCUGAUACUGGAGGACCAACCAUAUAUGACAAGAUUAUUGCAAAGGAAAUUCCUUCCACCAUAGUAUAUGAGGAUGACAAGGUUCUGGCAUUUCGAGAUAUCAACCCACAGGCUCCAGUGCAUGUUUUAGUCAUACCAAAAUCAAGGGAUGGGUUAACACAGCUUGGCAAGGCUGAAAAAAGACAUGGAGAAAUACUGGGUGAGCUUCUCUAUGCAGCCAAAAUUGUGGCCGAAAAAGAAGGCAUUGUCGAUGGUUUUCGUGUUGUUAUUAAUAGUGGGCCAACAGCAUGUCAAUCCGUCUACCAUCUGCACUUGCACGUACUUGGUGGAAGGCAGAUGGCAUGGCCACCAGGCUGAGAUCAGGUUCAUAUGCUUUGACAUCUUUUUUUCCUUUUGUGAUCUUUUCCUCCCUCCUUGUAACACAAUGGUCCUUUCUUUUGAUCCCAAAAGAGCACAAGAAAAGAGUAUCCCGAUUGUGACAGUUUUAUCUUGUAUUUUCUUGUUUGCAAGAGUAUCCAUCUGAAUUUGCUUGUCUAUGUGAAACUUUAGAUGCUUAAUGGGAUACUCUGCUCAUCCCAUCCAACAAUGAUCUUCCUUAAAUUAACUUUUCUUUGUUAUUAAGCCA